AUGGAGGUGGCCGCGCAACACAACUGGAUGGCGGAGGAGACGGUGGAGGAGACACUCAUCAUAAGUGAAGCUCGACGCUCAGCCAACGUUGAUCGUGGUGUUGUUAAUGAAGAUGAAGUAUCGUCUAGCAGUGAUGAGGAAGAGGCGAGCAAGGACAAGCUUAAAAAUAGCGUCUACUUUAAUGAAGUAAUUGACGCUGUAGACUUUCACGUUGUUCUCAAUGGUGAUGAUCACACGGGAAAUGCUAAUGGACAAAUAAAUGAGACAGGAAAUCCCAAGGGUGAAAUUCUUUCUACUGUAUGUGUUCCACUUUUACAUGGACAAAAUUCACCCGUAGAGACGGGAAAUCCUAAGGGUGAAAUUAUUUCGGACGUAUGUGUUCCACUUUUACAUGGACAAAAUUUACUCGAUGAGACGGAAAAUCAAAUUCUUUCUGAGCCACUUUUAUAUGGACAAAAUUCACUCGAUGAGACGGGAAAAUAUGGUAAGGGAGAAAUUCUUCCUGGUGUAUGGCUUCCACCUAAUUCACAAGGACAUGAUUCACAAUCAAGUUCUUCAAUCAGAAAAGGAAGUGGAAAUGAAACAAUCAUUGAACAAGUUGAGGAAGAAACUGUUGAGUUGGAGUUCUUUGACACAACAGCAGUUGAUAAGCUAAAACACACACAUAAUGCAUACUGUCCAAAGUGUACUUCUCGUAUAACUAAAGUUGUCCUUCGAAGGGUAAAACGAGAAAGAAGGAUUAUAAUAGAAACUGAUGAUGAUCGUCAUGACCAAAAACCGGAGCUACUUGGAUGCCUCUCAUGCUUCAGUGUUUUCGUACGUAUAGGAAAGAAGCUCAAUCCGUUCCCAAUAUUUGGAAAUGGAGGAGGAACUACUAGUACAGAAAUAGCCAGAGAACCACAUCUCCCAAACAUAAAUGAAGGUGGCUUCAUUCCAGGGAUAAUGCCUUCCAAGAAGUCACCAACUGAAAUUAUAGAGAGUAAAGGAGAUGAUUACCGAAUUCCUAUAUUGGAAGACCCAAGAGCUUCUCCAUCAACAGGGUAUUCCAACAACUCACGAAGACCAAUACUUCCAGUUGAAGUUAAAGAUUCCAGAUCACUGGAGAUUGUAAAAUGCAUAGUAUAUGGAGGUUUAAUAGAGGCAAUCACAAGCUUGGGAGUGGUCUCCUCUGCAGCUGCAUCUGAUGCUGACACAAUGAAGAUUGUUACUAUUGGAGUGGCAAAUUUGAUAGGUGGACUUUUUGUCAUUUGUCAAAAUUUGGUGGACUUGAAAUAUAGUGUUGGAGGAGGUUCCAAUUACCAAGUAGAUCGAUACGGAGAACUACUUGGCCAAAGAAAAAACUUCCUCCUUCAUGCUACUUUUGCCAUGUUGUCAUAUUUUGUGUUUGGACUUAUCCCCCCUGUAAUAUAUGGCUUCACAUUUCGGAAGAGUGAUGACAGGGACUACAAACUUAUAGCAGUUGCCGCGGCUUCUCUUCUGUGUGUUAUCAUACUUGCUGCUGCAAAGGCUUAUACACAAAGAGCAAAUAAGUUCAGUAAAUACUUCAAGACUAUUUUGUCUUAUGUUAUAGCUGCAGGUAUGGUCUCAGGUGUUGCUUAUGCAGCAGGUCAUUUGAUUAAGAGGUUCAUGGAUGACAUGGGAUGGUUUGACUCAAAGCCGAUUUCACAGAAUCCAGCCUGGGCAUCCUAUUGACAUCUUGUCUGUGUUGUUAAAUCCUGAUUUCCUUCUUCGGCGAGCUUUAGAACC